CCGCUCCUACUUCUGUCGCUUCAGUCUCUCAGUCUCUCCGUCCCUUGAUUUUCUCUCUCUAAAAACUUUUACUUUUACCCCCCGCAAAUUUUCUGUAAGGUGCGUUUAGACUCCUAUCCAAUGCAGGACUUGAUCGGCUCCGUCCGUCGGUCUCUGGCAUUCAAACCAUCCGGCGAAGAAACCGUUGGCAUCGGAGGAUUUGUUGAGAAAAUCGGGUCAAGUAUCAGAAAAUCUCGAAUUGGACUCUUUAAUAAGCCGCCGGUUCACGCAUUGCCGCCAAUUCCAAAGGCUGAGACGCCACCUUCAAGGAAUUAUAUGAAGGAGGAGUACCCGAUUCCAAUGAUGGAAGAUGAGGCAUUGCCGCCGAUGGAGGAAACCAUGGAAGAGGAGGCGCCGUUGAAGAAGAUGAAAGAGGAGAUGAUUCCGUUGGCUAGAGUGGCGAAGGAGAAGGAGGCAGUGGGGACGAGUGGAGCGGUGAAAAGGAAGGAGUCGUCGAUCCGGUGGAGGAAAGGUGAGAUGAUUGGGUGCGGGGCAUUUGGGAGAGUUUACAUGGGGAUGAAUCUUGAUUCGGGUGAAUUACUCGCUGUCAAAGAGGUAGCAAUUGGGGCAAAUAGUGCCUCGAAGAAAGCACAAGAUCAACUUUUGGAGCUUGAGAAAGAAGUAAAUCUUUUAAAAAAUCUUUCACAUCCAAACAUUGUGAGAUACUUGGGAACUGCAAGAGAAGAGGAUUCGCUGCAUAUAUUAUUGGAAUUUGUUCCAGGUGGAUCCAUUUCAUCGCUCCUGGGAAAAUUUGGGUCUUUCCCAGAAUCUGUCAUUAGAAUGUAUACAAAACAACUCUUGUUGGGACUUGAAUACCUGCACAAAUAUAAAAUUAUGCACCGGGACAUUAAGGGAGCAAACAUUCUUGUGGAUAAUAAGGGGUGCAUUAAGCUUGCUGACUUUGGUGCAUCCAAGAAAGUUGAAGCACUGGCUACUGUAACCGGCGCCAAAUCCAUGAAGGGUACUCCAUAUUGGAUGGCUCCUGAAGUUAUUGUCCAGAGUGGUCAUAGCUAUUCUGCUGAUAUAUGGAGUGUUGGAUGCACUGUCAUUGAGAUGGCUACUGGAAAAGCUCCAUGGAGCCAGCAGUAUCAGGAGGUUGCUGCUCUUUUUUACAUAGGGACAACCAAAUCUCAUCCACCGAUACCUGAGCAUCUUUCUGCUGAGGCACAGGAUUUCUUACUGAAAUGUUUACAGAAGGAACCAGACCUGAGGCCUACUGCAUCAGAUUUAUUAAAGCAUCCAUUUGUUACUGGGGAACGUCAGGAAUCUCGUCUUCUAUGUCGCCCUUCACCUCUGCAGGGCAGCUCUGGAAUGCGAAUGGCUGCACUUGGAGUUGACCUUGAGAAGUCAAUGAAUGUAGAGACAAAGAUGACCUACAAUAGUCUGAAGGAUGUAAAUGUUGCGGAUGGUGUGACAUGCUCAACUAUGUAUCCUAACCAGCUAUCAGAUAGUCAGUCCUUUUGGCAGCCUGUGAACUCGGAUGACGAUAUGUGUCUAAUAGAUGACAGUGAUGAUCUAGUUUUUGGUACACCAGCUAAAUCCACUUCAACUCUCCUCUCUCGUGAUUAUAAUCAGAGCUUUAACCCAAUGUGUGAGCCUAGUGAUCAUUGGCAGUGUAAGUUUGAUGAAAGUCCAGAGUUGAAGAGAAGUGGAAAUGAGUUGCUUUCCAGUCAAAUUAUCAAGACUGGAAAUAGAUCCCAUGUUUCUGGUGAUGUGGAUUGUGGCUUCACAUUUCCAAGAGGACCAGCAUCUGAAGAUGAAGAUGAAGCAACUGAGUCAAAGAUUAGGGAAUUUCUCGACGAAAAGGCUCUAGAGCUCAAGAAGCUGCAAACACCUUUAUAUGAAGAAUUCUACAAUUCCUUGAAUGUUGCUGGUCCUGUAAGUCCUGUCGGGGAGGAAAAUGUUUCAAGUAAUAACAACUUGCCUCCGAAAAGCAGGUCACCAAGUAGAAUGGUUAGUAGAAGAUUUUCGACUGCUCUUGAUGUUGAGAAUAGCCCAAGCCCCAGUAGUUGUUCCAGGCGUGUAUCAAACAUUGGAGAUAUAAAUUAUCAAGCUUCUCCAGACAAAGAACUUGAUUCUCAGCGUGACCCUCUCACUCCACACGCUAGCUUCUUCGAGAGAGAAAAGAAGUGGAAAGAAGAGCUAGUUGAAGAGCUUGAGAGGAAACGAGAACUUAUGAGGCAGGCAGGGGCAGCAAAAACUUCAUCUCCAAAAGACCGAAUUGUGAUUCGAAACAAGGAUCGAUUAAGGUUUGCAUCUCCGUGAAAUUAAAUGAAGUUUUGAUAUCUGGAUACGUUGAGGCAACGAUAUUUGAAAUAGGAAUCCGACAAAUGAAAAUUUACAGUAAGGAUUGCCAUGCCUUUUGAGAGAAUGUAUCAAUGUCGGUGAGGUCAGAGGUGUUUCUAGUAAUAAUAUGAUCGUAGUUUAUUCUUUGCAUUUGCUGGAAAUAUUGCCUCGUGACAAUCUCUAAUAUGGAUUCGCAUGAGAUUCACUAUACGUAUUAUUAAAUUGUGAAUCUUUUUGCAGAAUAUAAAAUACGAUAAAGAAUGAGUCCAAAGUUUUGUUUCACGUGUAAACUUGAUGUCUAAAUUUGAAUAAAUGAAUUUAUCAUAUUUUCUUACUCUGCAUUUUGUGCUU